CAAAGAAGAGAUAGUUAAAAUGAACUCUACUAGGAAUGUAUUGAAUAUCAUAAUAAUCAUUUGUAUAUGUCUUAGUUGGGUUUGUACUGAUGGAGCUCAAAAGAGAGAGAGUGAACAGACUGAUUCUCAUACUAUCCAACUCAGCUCCCUCUUCCCUUCAUCAUCAUCACCCUGUGUUCUUUCUUCAAGAGCGUCCAAUACAAAGUCCUCACUGCACGUGACACACAGACUCGGCACGUGCUCGUCUCUAACUAGUGACAAGGCCACGGGGCCAGACCAUACCGAGAUCCUCAGACUCGACCAAGGGCGCGUAAACUCGAUCCACUCGAAACUCUCUAAGAAGCUCACAGACCGAGUCAGGCAAAGCAAGUCAACGGCUCUACCGGCUAAAGACGGGAGCACCUUCGGAUCAGGAAACUACGUCGUGUCGGUUGGAAUCGGAACACCGAAACGCGAUCAGUCUCUGAUCUUCGACACAGGAAGCGAUCUGACGUGGAUUCAGUGUCAGCCAUGUGUUCAAACAUGCUAUUCCCAAAAGGAACCAAUCUUUAACCCGUCUUCGUCUUCUUCUUACUACAACGUCUCAUGCUCUUCGGCUGCGUGUAGUUCCCUCUCCUCUGCUACAGGUAAUUCUGGAAGCUGCUCAGCUUCGACAUGCGUUUACGGAAUCCAAUACGGCGAUCAAUCCUUCUCCGUCGGAUUCCUCGCCAAGGAAAAGUUCACCCUAACAACCUCCAACGUAUUCGACGGCAUCUACUUCGGCUGCGGCGAGAACAACCAAGGACUCUUCACCGGCGUCGCCGGACUUCUCGGACUCGGCCGUGACAACCUUUCUUUCCCCUCGCAGACCGCUACGACCUACAACAAGAUCUUCUCCUACUGCCUCCCUUCCUCAGCCAGCUACACCGGUCAUCUCACAUUCGGAUCCACCGGAAUCUCCAGAUCCGUUAAAUUCACUCCGAUCUCCACCAUCACCGACGGCACAUCCUUCUACGGCGUCGACAUCGUCGCGAUCACCGUCGGAGAUCAGAAGCUAGCGAUCCCUGCCACCGUGUUCACCACUCCGGGGGCUUUGAUCGACUCCGGAACCGUCAUCACUCGUCUCCCGCCGAAAGCUUAUGCGGCGUUGAGAAACGCGUUCAAGGCGAGGAUGAGUCAGUAUCCGAGCGCGUCGGGGGUCUCGAUCUUGGACACGUGUUUCGAUCUGAGCAGGUUUAAGACGGUUACGAUCCCGAGAGUGGUGUUUUCUUUUAGAGGUGGGGCCGUUGUGGAGCUUGGAUCGACGGGGGUUUUAUACGCGAUUAGUAAGUCGCAGGUUUGUUUGGCGUUUGCGGGGAAUAGCGAUGAUAAUAACGCUGCCAUCUUUGGGAAUGUUCAGCAGCAGACGCUGGAAGUUGUGUAUGAUGGUGCGGGUGGGCGGAUCGGAUUUGCUCCUAAUGGGAAUCUGCUGAAUAUCAUAAUACUCCUUUGUGUAUAUCUCAACAGAAGUUUUACAGAGGGAGCUAAAGAAAAAGAGAAAUAUGAUACCAAGUCAUCACUGCGCGUGGUGCACAAGCACGGCGCGUGCUCGCCUCUCAGGAGCGGUGAAGCUGGGAGACUCGACCAUGCAGACAUCCUCAGACGCGACAAAGCGCGAGUGAACUCUAUCCACUCAAAGCUGUCAAAUCAUUUGGAAGACCAAACCUAUUCCAACGAUAUACCGGUUAAGGACGAGAGCAAGAGGAAGGAAGAACUCGGUUCGGGGAGCUACAUCGUGACAAUUGGAAUCGGAACACCUCAACACAACCAGCCAUUGAUAGUAGACACUGGUAGCGAUUUGACGUGGACAAAGUGCAGGCAGUGCGGUAGAACCAUAUCUUGCGACUCCAAAAACAAACUCAUAUUUAACCCUUUCCUCGUCUACUUCCUUCGACACAGUAUCGUCUACAUCUCGAGUAUUCACAGAGACUGUUCGGCCCCUCGUUGCUGCUACGGAAUCGAAUACAAAGAUCACUCAUCCUCCGACGGAUUUCUCGCCGAAGAUAAAUUUACCAUAACGAGCGCAGAUGUCGUCGCCAGAAUUCACUUUGGUUGCAGUGAACACGAUGAUAACAUUAACGAAAAAACUGCUGGAUUACUCGGCCUUAGCCGCCACGUACUCUCAUUUCCCUCGCAGACGGCGAGCAAGUACCAUAAUGUAUUCUCUUACUGUCUCCCUUCUUCCGACAGAACCGGGCAUCUCACAUUCGGAUCCACUGGAAUCUCUGAAUCGGUCAAAUUCACUCCAAUUAUUACCUUACAAAACAUGCCAUACCUAUAUGGUCUAGAUAUCGUAGGCAUCACCGUCGGAGAUAAGAAACUGGAGAUUCCAUCAAUCGUGUUCUCAAAGCCCCGUGCUAUAAUCGACUCCGGCACUGUGGUUACUCGCCUCCCUCCCAAGGCUUAUGCAGCAUUGCGAAGUGCGUUUAAGGAGAAGAUGAAGAACUACACGACCACAUCAGCGGUAGAACUCUUAGACACAUGUUACGAUCCCAAAGGUUUUGACACGAUGGCUGUCCCGAAAGUUUCGUUCUCCUUUGGCGGCGGCACCACCGUUGAACUUGGCUUCAAUGGGAUUUUGUAUCCGGUAAAUGCAUCGCAUGUUUGCUUGGCGUUUGCAGGCAAUGAUAAUGAUGGAGAAGUCGCAAUCUUUGGGAGUGUUCAGCAAAUGACGCUACAAGUUGUGUAUGAUAAGGCGGGUGGACGCAUUGGGUUUGCUCAGAAUGGUUGUAGUUAG